CGUGGCAAGUCAAACACUUACACGUGUCAAUUGAAUGAAAAAAAUGAUCAUCGAGUGCCAUGGACCUACGACAACAACCGACAACCAGGGCGUCGUGCCUACCUCUUCUUUCCAACUUUCUUUCUUAAUACCCAAACCAUCUCCUUCUUCUUCUCAUCCCACGCCUCCAUGGCUAUCAUACGCUCUAUGAGCCAGCUUAACAUCAAGGCGCCACCUCCAUCGCCUAUCCCAACAGCUACUGGCUCACGCUCGGCUGCCAACGCAAGCUUAACCGACUUUCUCGAGAAAUCGUUACAAGUCCCCGACCUAACGCUUCCCGAGUCCCAGGCCUUCCGCCAUUCGGACCCACCUUAUAAGGUCGAUUUCCAAUCGCUAGCUUUAAGAGAAAGCGGUUCAGUGGAGCGGUUGCUGCGAUCGGCAAGGGAGUUUGGAGUGGUGGCGAUCGGGUUACGUGGAAUUGAUACGGGCGAGGAGUUGAGGGCGUUGGUGAAAGAGACGGCGAGAGUAUUCGGGGUGUUGGAAGAUAGAGAUACGGGAUUUAGGAGAUGUUGGGUGGGAAAGAGGGAGGAGAUUGUGUGGGUUCGUUGCAAAGACGAGAGGAUGGAGUGGGCACGCCAAUAUAUCGGCGCUCAACUGUAUCAGAGUUUCAGUGAAAAGAUGGAGAAAGUAGCGAGUAAACUUGAGGAAGUUGCGCGGGAAUUGGGCAAUAUUUUGGUAGAAAAUGCAGGCAAGCAACCAAGGAAGAGAUUUCAAAAAGGAGAGUCUCAGUUGAGCAUAUACAAGUACAAUUACCAACCGGAUAAGAUGACAGAUCAAAAUCCACAUCUAAAUGAAGAAGAAAACGACCAUUCCUGUGAUUAUACUUUAAGCCUCCACCUUCCAGCCAAGCACUGCGAAUUUUCUGUCAAAUCUGGACCACGACUUUUCACUUUUGAUGCUGGUCCUGACACCAUUAUUGUCACUGUUGGACAACAGCUUGAGGAAUGGAGCAUGGGAGGAUUCAAAUGUGUUUCGGGGCGAAUUAUUUGUCAGCCAGAACUCCGUGGAUCCAAAUCCUCUUUCUCCAUGGAGCUCAAGUGGUCAUCUUCAAAUAAAAAUCACACUUAUAAAACAACACCUUAUAAAAAAAUCACCUUAGCAGAUCAAUUCUUCAUUGCACUCGUUAUUGUUUUCCUUUAUUCUAUUUUUAUGUUAAAAAACUCUCCAUGAUUUAGAGGAACUUGCAUUUGCAUAUCUACAUUCAAAAUCUCAUAGGCAAAAAGGUUAUAUCACAUAAAAUAUUGGUGUGGAAUUUUUUGCUUCUUUUUCUUUCUACAUGGUCCGAUUGAUCAAUGUACAGUUCGAAGCUCUGGGCAAUGGAUUAAUAGUACUGUUGAAAGGGGGAAAAUGGAAAAAAAAAAGUUUGAUCAUAUACAAAAGUUGUUUAAGUACUAUACAUAUAUAUAUAUAUGUUUGAAUAAAAAAGGCCUAUACUAUUGUUUGA